AUAUCGCGCGCGCCGUGUAUUUCAUACCCAUUCCAAUGUAUAAAAAUGCCGCGCUGUCGUUAGCAGCCAAGUUGAUGAAACAGUUGACGAGAACACAAUUUCACCUGGCUAUAUUUGUCCAUUCAUCCGAUGCGCCCAUAAUAUUACCCUUACAAGGGUGGCAAUCGGUGACGCAUUGUCAAUUCCUGGUGCAGGAUCAGUUUAUCUGGAUGGUCUCCAAUUGUAUUACCCGUCCUUGCAGGAUCAGGACACCGGUUGUGAUCAAAACAUUCCAAGGAGAACAGUACUUAAGCUUGGACUACUGUGUACAACGGAGUCCAAUCAACCUCACCACUAUCUUUACACUCUUCGACUCCACGUUUUCCUCUUGCAUUCAUCUCACUCAUCAGUCUACGUCGGUUCUUUCCAGUCUUGCUCACAUGUUGGCACAAGCUUCAUCAAUGUUCCUGCUCAUUUCGACCGUAUUCGCUUCAUCGGUCAUCGCUGCGCCCACAUUCGCCCACCCUGACUUUUCAGACGGCCCUGGAGCUAUCAUCGACUACUUACGCGGGUAUGGCGGUAACGGAAACCCAGGAUCAUAUCAACCAGGAUCAAGCUUCUUUGGCUAGGCUAGGGCCUUCCCCUUGAUAGCCUGAGGCUCGACGGAAAUUUACUAUGGGAUAACAUUUGGCAGAAGAGGAGUGACUUAGGAAUGGUUGAUACUUUUGCCUCGAUAUACUGCGAAGAUGUGUUCUCGAUGAGUGAUGGCAUCUCAUAAAACCCUUGGAAGUGU